AUGAAUAACCAAGCAAUUGAUAUGUUAAAGGAAAUUCAUGAAGCAACUGGAUUGAUUCAUAAAGAUAAUCAACAAAUACAUUACUAUGGCGCUAAUAAUGAGCAUGAUGACGAAGAAGAAGAACGAGGAGAAGAAAUGGAUAAUUUUUCUACAAUAGGUACUGAGAGUGACGACGACAUGCCACUGUUAAUUGAAAAUCAGGUUCAUUUCAACAAACGUCAAACAAUAGAAGAAAAUUUAAUUGAUGAUUCAACAAGUCAAUUGCCAAUAUCACUGCUAUCAACAGGAACAGAUCCAUCCACUUCAACACCGAUAACGACACAUCAUAAAAGGCCCAAGCGCUUCAACUUAUCUAAUGAUCAUUGGAAGCAAGUGUCAACACUCAUACCAAACUAUAAGAAAUUAUCUCCGGAUCAAUUCAAAGAUUUGUUAGUUAAAAUGAUUUCUCUUGGUGAUCGCCAUAAGAUAGAGCAAUGGUUAACACAUUUAACAAUGUUACAAUAUCUACAACAACGUGCUGAAUUAAUCUGUACUUUUUUUCAAUUGAAAAUUGAAGAACAUUAUUGGAAUAAUGUCGCUAAUUUGACAACCAUGCCCAUAGAUGCAUAUCUUGUCAAAUCAUUCUAUGAUUUAAAUCCAACACAAGAACAGAUUACAACUGCUCAAACGAUUUGGCGCACAAAAGUAAAAUCAUGUAAACGAGUUAUUCGUCAAAAAAAGAAGCAUCAUUCAUCCAUCAUGCACUCAAUAAUAAUGAACACAAUGGAACAACAGCAACAACAGGAAUUACUAUCGAUACAAUCCUUCAAUGCAUCGAUGCGUACUAUUAUCCAAGCAC